AAUGCUGCGCGCGUCUCCCUGACGAGUUAACUGCCGAAAUCCAAUAACGCACAUAUCAGAUGGUGAAGCAGUGAACUUUCACGGCUAAUGACUUCGCCAUACAUUUGGACGAUAGGGACUCGAAUCAUGGUUAACCGACCCUUUCAUUUGCAACCACAAAACUGCGAAGCCGUUUAGGUCGCCACAGGAGAGGGAUUUAAAUACCGGAGACCUCGGAAAGAGGAAAAGACGUCAGUGGCGUGGUUGUUUGUUCCAAAGCUCCAAACGAGUGUUUCUUUAAGUGCGUGUGUGGAGUUGUCCUGCACCGGGUGAUAGGAGGGGUUGGAGAGUGACGCUGGCUGCGCCUUGGUGCUGAGCGGAGCGCUCACCUGCACAUGAGAGAGCCGGGGGAACUCGGGCCAGAGCUGCAGCACACUCACGGAGCACAAGGAGGGGACGUAACGAACAGUCUGAGCAAGAAGGGGGGGGAAGAAGAUAAAAAAUUACACAAUUACUGGAGAAGAAUUACGAAUCUAGCCUCUUUGUGGAUCCUCGUCCAGGCACCCUGGCUCGCUCGCUCGCCACGAUGAGAACUGACUUCGCUCUGGUCCUGACAGCAGCCCUUCUUCUUGACACAUUCUGGAGGAAUAAUGGGGAGCAUGCUUCCAAAGAUCCCUGCCGACCUGGCUUCUCACAAAGCUUCUACUCUGUGCUGAUUUCAAGGGAUGUACUGCAAAGCCAGGGCAUACGUAAAGAUACCACAGUGUCAUCACAAAAAGUGAAGUUCAGUGACUGCAUGGGGAAUGAAGCUGUGGUUUUCCAGAGCAGUGACCCUUUCUUCAGCGUGCAGACAGACGGGUCCAUCUUUGCCCAGGGAGAGGGAGCCAGCCUGGACGAACCUGUCCAGUUUAAACUGACAGCAAGUGGUCCACACACACAUGUCUGGGAGACUGUUGUCCAACUGGCCCUAAUUGACUCACCAUCAUCUCAACAAAAUGAAAACGAGGUCACAAAGGAAGAGGGGAAAGUCGCUGAGAGAAAAGAAGGGAAGGACGAGUCCCAAGCACCACCUUCGGUCAUCAUGUUCUCAGGGUCCGGUCGGAACAGCUCCAAGGGCCUACGGAGGCAGAAGAGGGACUGGGUGAUCCCACCAAUCAACGUGGCAGAAAAUUCUCGAGGACCGUUCCCUCAGAUGCUCGUCAGCAUUCGUUCAGACCAGGACAAGGACAUCUCGAUCCGAUACAGCAUCACUGGGGUGGGAGCAGAUCAACCACCCAAUGAGGUGUUCAAUAUCGACCCCGUGCUUGGAAAGAUGUUCGUCACCAAACCUCUUGAUCGAGAACAUCGCUCUUCUUACCAUCUGCGAGCCCAUGCAGUGGACAUGAAUGGGAACCAGGUUGAGAACCCCAUCGACCUGUACAUCUUUGUCAUCGACAUGAAUGACAACAGACCUGAGUUUAAAAACCAGGUCUACAAUGGCUCUGUGGAUGAAGGCUCUAAACCAGGAACGUAUGUGAUGCACGUGUCAGCGUUUGACGGUGACGACAACACCACAGCUAAUGGAAUGGUGCGCUAUCGAAUCCUGUCCCAGAUGCCGCACACCCCCAUUCCGAACAUGUUCACCAUCAACAGUGAGACUGGAGAUAUUGUGACUGUGGCUCCUGGUCUUGAUCGAGAGAAAGUGUCCCAGUAUACAAUCAUCGUGCAGGCCACGGACAUGGAGGGCAACCUGAACUUUGGGCUUUCCAACACAGCCACUGCCAUAAUCACUGUCACCGACAUCAACGACAACCCUCCCAUGCUGACAUCCAGAACUUUUUCCGGUGAGGUCCCAGAGAACCGAGUGGAUCUUGUGGUGGCUAAUCUGACAGUGAUAGAUGCUGACCAACCGCACUCGCCGAACUGGAACGCCAUCUACAGGAUCAUCAGUGGAGACCCAUCUGGGCACUUCACUAUCCGCACUGACCCUGUCACCAACGAUGGCAUGGUCACCGUGGUGAAGCCAGUAGACUUUGAGAUGAACCGUGCCUUCAUGCUGACGGUGGUGGUGUCCAACCAGGCCCACCUAGCCAGUGGUAUCCAGUCCUCUCUCGAGUCCACAGCUGGGGUCACCAUAUCUGUCCAGGAUGUCAACGAACCCCCUUACUUCCCCACGAACCCAAAACACAUCCGCUUUGAGGAGGGCGUCCCUGCUGGAACCAGCCUGACCACCUUCUCAGCCUCCGAUCCCGACAGACUACAGAUGCAGCAGACAAUCAGGUAUUCAAAGCUGAACGACCCUGCAGACUGGUUGUCCAUCAACAGAACCAAUGGUCAGAUUGUAACCACUGCAAUGCUGGACCGGGAGUCUAUCUAUGUCAAAAACAAUAUAUAUGAAGCCACAUUCCUGGCAACAGACAAUGGCUCUCCUGCAGCCAGUGGCACAGGCACGCUGCAGAUUUAUCUGAUAGAUAUUAAUGACAACCCUCCAGCGCUCAUACCCAGGGAGUCUCAGAUCUGUGAGCGGGUGAACAAGAAUGUCCACGGUGUUAACAUCACUGCCGCUGAUGCUGACACAGACCCCAACGCUGGACCCUUUGUCUUUGAGCUGCCCAACUUUCCCACCAGCAUCCGACGCAACUGGACAAUUUCUCGGAUCAGUGGUGAUUACGCCCGUCUAGGGCUGCGGUACCAGAUAUAUUUAGAGCCGGGGGUGUAUGAGGUCCCUGUAAUUGUGUCGGACUCGGGGAACCCUCCGUUGUCCAACAGGUCGGUCAUCAAAGUCAAGGUGUGUCCCUGCGACGAACACGGAGACUGCACCACUCUCGGGGCCGUUGCGGCUGCUGGCCUGGGAACGGGAGCCAUCAUCUCCAUCCUCAUCUGCAUCAUCAUUCUGCUCAGCAUGGUGCUGUUGUUUGUGGUGUGGAUCAAGCGCAGAGAGAAGGAGAGACACACCAAGCAGCUGCUUAUUGACCCUGAAGACGAUGUCAGAGACAACAUCCUUAAAUACGAUGAAGAGGGAGGAGGAGAGGAGGACCAGGACUACGACCUAAGCCAGCUGCAGCAGCCUGACUCCUUGGAGCACAUUAUUAGCAAGCCGCCUGGUGUCCGCAGGGUGGAUGAACGUCCCAUCAUCCCUGAAUCCCAGUACCCAAUCAGGCCUGUCGUGCCCCACCCUGGAGACAUCGGGGACUUCAUCCACGAGGGUCUGCGAGCAGCAGACAAUGACCCCACAGCUCCUCCGUAUGACUCCCUGCUGGUGUUUGACUAUGAGGGCAGUGGCUCUACCGCCGGCUCCGUCAGCUCCCUCAACUCAUCCAGCACGGGGGACCAGGACUAUGACUACCUCAACGACUGGGGCCCCCGCUUCAAGAAGCUGGCCGACAUGUACGGAGGAGGGGAUGAUGAUUAAAUCUGCCCAGUCAAACAUACACACGCACACACACACCCUCGUUCCGUCAGCUGGCCUGCCAUGCUCUGUCCCUCUAACACAUGGGGCUAUUAAACCCUUAUUGAACACAAGUUACCAAUGACAUGUUCACACUGACCAACUGACUGACCAACCAACCAAUCAAAUUACCCACCACAGAGGACCGGUGUUGUGAGUCAGUUCCGGGUGCUCUUCUCAACCGUCUCCUGCUCUAAGACUGAAACGGAAGCUCUCAAUUGCGGGCUUCACAUCGUUUGUA